AUGCCUUACCUCCCCACCACCCAGGCAUUCCUGGAGCAGUCAGCUCAGCUCCUAGAAGCAUACCCAGAAACAACCCGCAUCACAACAAAAUACAGCUUCCCCACCGAACGCCGUGCCCAGAAACACAAGCGCGAAAAGUCCCUCGCAAAGAAACAAUCAGAGCCAGCUUCCGAAUCCGCAUCUACACAACCAGCUGAUCCAUCUACCUCUACAUCAACCGCCCCCGUUGCAUGCCUUACUCUCAAAACCUUCAACCCCGCCACAGGCGUCUGUCUGAAGUACCGUACGAACAAGCUGCAGGAAGUUAGCCGGUUGAUGACCGGGUUGGGAAAGUUGGCUGGGGGAGCGGAUGUGGCUAGUCUGGGAUUAUCGGGGCCUGGAGCUGAUGUUGAGAUGGUUGAUGCGCCUGUUGUUAUUGAGGAGGUUGUGCAGGCUGGAAAGGGUGGGAAAGGGAAGAAGAAGGGUGGGAAGGGGAAGCGAUAG